AUGCUAAUGGUGAUGAAUGAUGAUUGUGGUGGUGAAUGUGAUGAUGUUGGUGGUGAUGACGGUCGUGGUGAUGAUGAGAGUGAUGAUUAUGAUAGUGGUGAGAGUGAUGAUGAUGGUAAUGUUGGUGUUGAAGACGAUGAUGGUGAUUCUGAUGAUGAUCGUGGUGGUGAUGAGAGUGAUGAUUAUGAUGGUAAUGGGGGUGGUGGCGAAGAGAGUUAUGAUGAUGAUGAUGGUGGUGAUGAGAGGGACGAUGAUGAUGAUUGUGAUGAUGAUGAUGGUGGUGAUGACGAUGGUGGUGAUUGUGAUGAUGAUGGUGGUGAUGACGAUGGUGGUGAUUGUGAUGAUGAUGAUAAUUUUGGUAAAUCUUGA